GGUAUGAUGUCAUUGUAACGCAAUAUCCGUAAUAUAAAAAUACCUGCUGUAAGCGAAUGACAAAUAUGUUAUACCAAUUUCGAAAGAAAAAAACCCACAUUUGUUUGAAUUGGACAACAAAUGAUUCAAGAUGCUUCAUCAUAAUAUAUAUGUUUAUUUUUUAUUAUUAUUAUUUUUUUUUUGCAUUUGUUUGACCCACAUGGCUUUGAAAAUACAGACUCUAAUUGGUUGAGUUCAAUUUCUAAUUAACUCCAGGUGACAAUUGUGGCAAACUGAUUAGUAGGGGCGAGCACUUCACAGGAAAUAAGAUGCUCAGAAAAUGGGGUUGAUGCAUAUGUGGAUUUUCUUAUUUCUGUAUUAUUUGGCCUAUUCUAAGCCACUGACAAGUGUUCCAGAAUAUGAAGAUGCAGAAUUAGAAUGGGAGAGUUUGCAGGCAGGGCUGGAGAAUGAGAUGGAUGAAGUCACUCCUGGCCUUGUACCCAGACCCCCAAUGUUUAGUGACCGAUUCCUAAGGAGUAUAUCUUCAGCAGUACCAAUGGCUCCAUGGUAUCGAAUUGUUCCUUUCUCACAGGACCCGAAAGAGCUAUUCAUGCCCGAAAAAGGUGUUAGACCUGUUCCAGACUCAGUCAAGGAGAUGUUGCUUGCACCACCUUCCACUGUUGCCUCAUCUGGAGUAGCAGCCAAAUCUAAGCUUGUUGAGGUCUUGUGCCACAUUGACCGCAUGUACGUGAAAGUAAGCAAGCAGCUUUUUUCAACAACAGACGCUUUCAAAGACUUGAAACUUGGCAAGUGUCCUGUAAACGAAGGCACUGCACAACAUUAUUACCUUCUCUACCUUUUGAAAACUGACUGUGGAUUCGAGAGAGAGAGUACUGAAGACUAUUUGUUCAUCAGUAUUGUACUCCACUAUAAGCCAACCACUCCAGUUAUUAGAGAGCUGCCAUUUGAUGUUGCCUUGCAAUGCAAAUACCCAAGGCAUUUUCACUCCUUCAAUCCUGGCAUCUCUAUCGAACUGAGGAGAGGCACAGUUUACAAACCCCUACGUUCAAAAAAUGCUUAUGUCAUCACUCCACAAGAUGCAUCGGGGAAUGAAAUUGUUGGUGAUAAAAUGUUUAUCCUGGGACAGCCAAUGUACUUUGUGGUGAAACAAACAGACAGCACUUCAACAGACCAGAGACUUUACAUCAACAAGUGUUUCAUGACUGCUUUCCAAGAUCCUUACUCUGAACCUAAAUACACCGUUAUUGACAACCAAGGUUGUAUGAUUGAUAGUAUGGUGACAAGACAGUCUGCGUUUCUCAAGGGCCCCUUAAACAUCCAAAAAUUCUCAGUGAGCGCCUUCAUUUUCAAAGACACUGCAGUUUCAUCAUCAUCGCAACUCUAUCUGCACUGUGAAUUCUCUAUGGGCGAUCCAACACCAACCUCAAGUUCAAAGGCUUGCAAUUAUCAUCGAGUUACCAAAAAGUGGAGGGAGUUGUAUGGUAAUGACAGUGUGUGUGCCUGCUGUGAAUCCGCCUGCUUACCACUAUCAAAAGCUUCUGGGAACAUGGUCUCAAGUCCGUCUUGGAAGGUCAGAUUUGGAGGUGAGGAUGGAAACCCGGUGUUUGAGCUGCAGCCGAGGUCCAACAACUGGGGGGCCUUCAGUUUGGAGGACUCAUCUGACCACAGUGACUUCCUUAGCUACUGGGACUAAUUAUUGAAUAUUUUGGAAAUAAAAGUACUUCGCCUCCUC